AUGGUCAAGUGGAAAUUAGUAACAUUUGUAUUUAUUUUUCUCAUCAUUUGUACUUAUUUAAGUAGUAUUUUAAAACAACAAUUAGAAUUUUUAACAAAUAAUACAAGACAAAAUGUUAGAGUAAUAUUAGUAUUUAUUCAUAUACAAAAAACAGCUGGUUCCGAAUUUGAACGGUCAGUUGUUCGUCGACUUUAUUUUGGAACAGAGCCAAGUUGUCGAUGUCCAUUAAUAUCGCGUUCUAACCGUACUAAACGUAUAAAUAUUAAAUUAAAAUGUAAUUGUUUAAAAAAUAAUGAACCAUGGCUUAUUAGUCGAUUUAGUGUUGGAUGGUGGUGUGGAGUACAUGCAGAUUGGAUUACUUAUCAUCGAUGUUUACCACCAAAAAUGAAUUUUGAAUAUGGUUUUCACGAACGAAAAUUUAUCUAUGCAACACUUCUUCGUGAACCUGUCGCACGUUUUAUAAGUGAAUAUCUUCAUACACUUCGUGGAGCAACUUGGCUUUCAGAACGAUUAUCAUGUCAAAAAGCUCAACAACUUCGAAAUCAAAGUGCUUGUUGGAAAAAUACAAAUCUAACGGAUUUUAUUUUAUGUCCAUUUAAUUCAGCUAUAAAUCGUCAAACACGUAUGUUAUCAUCAUCAAUAAAUAAUUGUUUAUCACCAUCGUUUACAUAUUCAAAUUUAAUUAAUAUAAAAACAGCUAAAAAAAAUCUUGAAUCAAUGGAAUUUUUUGGUUUAACUGAAUAUCUUUAUUUAAGUCAACGUUUAUUUGAACAAACAACAUAUUGUAAAUUAUAUCGUACAUGUUCUUUUCAAUUAUAUCUUGAACAAAAUUUUCUUAAUAAUCAAACAUAUGAUUAUAUAGGAAAAAAUUUAACAUCUAGUGAUAUAAAUCAUAUAAGACAAAUAAACAAUGAUGAUAUUGAAUUAUAUCAAUUUGCAAGAAAACUAUUUUUUAAAAGAACUUGUCAAAUAUUAGGAAUUGCUUGUCAAUGA